AUGCUGUUGUUGCUGUUCUUGCUGUUCUUGCUGUUCUUGCUAUUCUUGCUGUUCUUGCUGUUCUUGUACGCUGAUGUUGUUGUUGAUGCUGUUGUUGCUGUUCUUGCUGUUCUUGCUAUUCUUGCUGUUCUUGCUGUUCUUGCUGUUGUUGUUGAUGUUGUUGUUGAUGCUGUUGUUGCUGUUGUUGCUGUUCUUGCUAUUCUUGCUGUUCUUGCUCUUCUUGCUAUUCUUGCUGUUCUUGCUGUUCUUGCUGUUCUUGCUAUUCCUGCUGUUCUUGCUGUUGUUCUUGCUGUUCUUGUUGAUGUUGUUGUUGAUGCUGUUGUUACUGUUCUUGCUGUUCUUGCUAUUCUUGCUGUUCUUGCUGUUCUUGCUGUUCUUGCUGUUCUUGCUGUUCUUGCUAUUCUUGCUGUUCUUGCUGUUCUUGGUGAUGUUGUUGUUGAUGCUGUUGUUACUGUUCUUGCUGUUCUUGCUAUUAUUGCUGUUCUUGCUGUUCUUGCUGUUCUUGCUGUUCUUGCUAUUCUUGCUGUUCUUGCUGUUCUUGUUGUUGUUGUUGUUGAUGCUGUUGUUGCUGUUGUUGCUGUUGCUGUUCUUGCUGUUGUUGCUGUUGUUGCUGUUGUUGCUAUUCUUGCUGUUCUUGCUGUUCUUGCUGUUCUUGUUGAUGUUGUUGUUGAUGCUGUUGUUGCUGUUGUUGCUGUUCUUGCUAUUCUUGCUGUUCUUGCU